ACUCCCUCCUUUUUUGCCGGAUCAUGUGUGCCUGUGCCUCUGUUCACAGUGAGUGAGUGAAUGAAUGAGAGUGCAAAAGAGAAUGAGAAGAAUAAAGGAAUGGAAAAGAAGCUUUCUGUACACUCUCUAACCAAAAAUAGGAACUGUUGAGGUUUUUUGUGAAAUCUCGUGGACAACAUUCAUUUCUUCAUUGUAUUACUGCAAGAUAAAGAUGGCAUCUAGGUCCUUCUUCUGCAUAUUUUUAGCUAUUGGAGCAAAUGCUCCGUAUGCUACUUCAAGAACUCAUGAUUUUGGAUUUGGUCUCCCAUGUGCACUUGGCUAUUUCCCUUGUGGGAACAUCACCAAGUGUCUGCCUCAGGCUCUGCACUGCAAUGGGAUUGAUGACUGUGGGAAUCAAGCAGAUGAAGACAACUGUGGUGACAACAAUGGAUGGUCUGAGCAGCUAGAUAAAUAUUAUGCCCUGUACCAUGAAACAUUUUCCCGAUCUGUCUUUGAGGUGGAAACCUAUGAGUGCUUGCUUGAUUCUGUACCAGCCGAAUGCUUGUGCCAUGGGCUAGAGCUGGUCUGUGAUGAUGCCAAUUUACACAAUGUCCCUUCAGUCUCUUCAGAUGUAACUAUGAUGUCCCUAAAAUGGAAUCUGCUGAGGAGUCUUGUUGCCGAUGGUUUCAAAAAAUAUCAGGAUCUUAAAAACCUAUAUCUUCAAAAUAAUAAAAUCAGCACUGUGUCACUACAUGCUUUCAGAGGACUCUACAAUCUAACAAAGCUAUAUCUGAGUCACAACAACAUAACUUUUCUGGAAACCCAUGUCUUUGAAGAUCUACAUAAACUUGAAUGGCUCAUAAUUAACGACAAUAAGAUCAAAAGCAUUUCUCCACUAACCUUUUAUGGGCUCAAAUCACUUAUUCUCCUUGUUCUAAUGAAUAAUUCUCUUACUCAUCUGCCUGAUAAACAUCUUUGUCAACAUAUGCCAAGGCUAAACUGGCUAGACUUUGAAGGCAAUCAGAUCCAUGAUUUAAGAAAUGGCAGUUUCAUCACUUGUAGACAUUUAACAGUCCUUGUUUUGAGAAGAAACAACAUCAGCUCUCUAAAGGAAAAUAGUUUCUCCACUCUUCAGAGAUUAGUUGAACUGGACUUGGCUAGCAACAAGAUUGAAUCGUUUCCUGCAUACGUAUUUAAGGAUCUGAAGGAACUUUCACAACUGAAUCUUUCAUACAAUCCAAUCCAGAAAAUACAUGCAGAUCAGUUCGACUAUCUUAUCAAACUCAACUCACUAAGCCUAGAUGGCAUUGAAAUUACAAAUAUCCAAAGAAGAAUGUUCAUCCCACUUCGAAAUCUCUCCCAUAUAUACUUUAAGAAGUUUCAGUAUUGUGGCUACGCCCCUCAUGUACGCUGCUGCAAACCCAAUACUGAUGGAAUCUCCUCUUUUGAGAACCUGUUAGCCAGCAUUAUACAAAGAGUAUUUGUUUGGGUUGUGUCUGCUGUCACUUGCUUUGGAAACAUAUUUGUCAUCUGCACGCGGCCUUACAUUCAGUCAGAGAACAAACUACAUGCCCUCUCGAUAAUGUCUCUCUGCUGUGCAGACUGCCUCAUGGGUAUAUACUUAUUUGUGAUUGGAGUCUUUGACCUGAAGUACCGAGGGGAGUACAAUAAGCAUGCUCGGCUAUGGAUAGAAAGUGUCCACUGCCAGCUAGUGGGGUCUUUGGCCAUUUUGUCCACCGAAGUGUCAGUUUUAUUAUUAACCUACUUGACUUUGGAAAAAUACAUCUGCAUAGUUUACCCUUUUAGAUUCAUGAGGCCAGGAAAAUACAAGACGAUUUCAAUUUUGGGUCUCAUCUGGAUUAUUGGCUUUGUGGUUGCUUUUACUCCACUGAUAAAUAAGGACUUUUUCCAAAACUACUAUGGCACUAAUGGCGUCUGUUUCCCUCUUCACUCUGAGCAGUCUGAAAAUACUGGAGCUCAGAUUUAUUCUGUUGUAAUAUUUCUAGGUGUUAACUUGGUGGCGUUCAUCAUCAUAGUAUUCUCCUAUGGAAGUAUGUUUUAUAGUGUUCAUAAGACAGCUAUUACUGCAAUGGAAAUCCAGAAUCAUGUGAAGAAAGAGAUGACCCUUGCCAAACGCUUCUUCUUCAUUGUAUUCACUGAUGCACUGUGUUGGAUACCCAUAUUUAUACUAAAAUUGCUUUCCUUACUUCAAGUAGAAAUCCCAGGUUCCAUAACUUCAUGGGUAGUUAUUUUUAUAUUACCAAUAAACAGUGCCUUGAACCCAAUUCUCUACACAUUAACCACUAGGCCUUUCAAAGAAAUGAUUAAUCAGGCCUGGCACAACUACAAGCAAAGAAGAUCCCCAGGAAGCAAAAGCAGCCAGAAAAUGUGUGGUCCAUCAUUUAUCUGGGUAGAGAUGUGGCCUAUUGAAGACAUCUCAUCUGAAUUAACAAAAUCUGCCCCUUACAGAGACUCUUUGGAGGGAUCAGUGAAUACACUGUCAGCAAGACUGGAUUUGCACACAUGAAGAUGGCUCAGAGCAAAACAUGUACAUUAAGAAUUUCAUAUACAUCAUCAUUGUUCUGGAGUUAUUGCCACAUAUGCAGUAAAGCAACAGACACCUUCAGCCAAGCUGUCAAAUCAACUCAAAGCAGAACAGAAGUGACCACCAUACACAUCUAUUAACAGAGUUUGGGAGCAUGAUCCAUAAAGGGAGGAAAUGAAAAGAAAAACUGCAUAUGUUGGUGAUUUUUCCAGGGAAUAUGAGAUCAAAGAAAUCAAAGUGGCCAAAGCCUAAAGAUUGCAUUGGGUUGCAACUAUAUCCAAAGAAUGUGAAUCCUGACUAGUAAGUACCACUGAAACCAACAGAGACAACUUAAACUAGUCACAUCUAAGUCUCAUUAAUUUCACUGAGACUAAAUCAAGAUUCACUUUCUUUAGAUACAUAUUUUUUAAUUUCUUCACACACAAAAAUUAAUUUGCAAAGCUAGAGUAAUAGGAUAAUGGAGUGUCUAAGUGACAAGUGUUAUUCCCAAAUCACAGGCAGUUUUUGUGACUAAGAUGCUAUUACUGUACUAAUAGAAAAGCUAAAAUGAUUUGAAUAAGAGAGUAUAAAAAGAACAGACCUAUUUCAGCUUUAGGGGGACUAGAAACAAAGUCCCUUAAAGCACUUUUUUCAUAUGGGAAGAUAAUAGUUUCCUAUUUUAAUUCAGGUUGGAGGAUGAAGGACAGGCAGCCAGCUGUCAAGGAUCUUUUUGAUUUGCAAAAGGUUUUAUAAGAUACAGUAUUUGUACUUGACUUCUUAAGGAAUGUAAGAAGAAUAGGAGGCGUGAUUUGCACUUUGUUUAUACAGAUUUUUGGAAUAUCUUGAACUCAAGAUUAUUUUAAAAAAACCAGUUGUUUUGGUAUUCAGUUUCUACCAGUAUGUAUAGAUGUUGUUUUUGUAAAUAAAAUAUGGGCUGUUAAGUCAU